CCAUUAUAAUCUUGAAAAUGAAUUUAAUUAGCUAUUCUCGCAUUCUAAUAAUCUUGGCAGUUCUUGUAGGUGUUCUAGUUGUUCCAUCCAAGGCUCAAUACAGCCCACAAGACUAUGUAAAUGCUCACAACCAGGCACGAGCAGCUGUAGGCGUUGGCCCGAUACAGUGGGAUGAUACCAUUGCAGCCUACGCUCUAAGCAACGUGUACCGACUAAGAGGCAGCUGCAGACUCGUACCCUCGAGUGGGCAUUAUGGGGAGAACAUGGCCAAGAGUAACGGCGUUUUCUCUGCGGCCCUUGCUGUGAACAUUUGGGUUAACGAGAGGUUUAGCUACAACUACGCUGCGAACACGUGCAAUGCGGUUUGCAGUCACUACACUCAGGUUGUUUGGAGAAACUCAGUGAAAGUGGGAUGUGCUAGAGUGAGGUGUGAUAAUGGAGGAAACAUCAUUAGUUGCAACUAUUAUCCUCGAGGGAACUAUAAUGGUCAGAAGCCUUACUAAUGUGUGACAAUGUUGCGUAUACACGUAUAAGACAUAGGACGUGUAUAUGUAUUUUAAUGUAUAAGGAGCUUCAUAUGCGAUGUGUAUCAAUAUUUAUUAAGUAAUGCAAAUAAGAGAGCUGAGAUUAAGAGUA